UAUUAUCUGAGGAAUAAAGUUUUGUUUACGUCAAAAAACAAUACUCCGUACCGCUUCGUCAUCGCCAAAAAAUUUCUUUUUACCCACGAUCCACGCCGAUCUCUCCCUUGUUUCCGCCGCCAACCGCCCCUGCUGCCCGAGCCUUGCCGACCACCGCGCCACCGCCCCGCCGGCCCGUCUCUCCCCUGCUUCUGCCGCCGACCGCCGAUCCACCACUGCCCGCUGAUUUCCGCUCGGCCGAGGCCGCACGACGCCGCCGUGUGCCCCUCCACAUCACGCCGUGGGGUUGCUGGCGCGCCGCCGCCGAUUCUACGCCGACGCCUCCGACGCCGACACCAGCUACCGGCCCCUGAAUCCUCGAGUUGAGGCAAGUUGUUCCUGGCUGCUGCGCCCGACGCCGACGCCAUCUGCCGCCCCCGAAUCUGUGCGUUCCGCUGCCGCUGCCGACGCCAUCCGCCCCACGACUCCUCCUUUCCCAUGAGAUGGAGAAUCGUAAUCGGCUCGACAUGAGGCGUGAGGCAGCCACAACAAUUUAAGUUGGGGAGAUAGCAAGUACCAACAGCAGUACCACGAAGGUAUACACCGAAGUGUGAAGAAAACCCUCCUUCAGUUUGUUUUAGUGCUGGAAUCAUCUACCAACCAGGCAUUUGGAAUCAGACAGGCAUAGGAGCCAGAAAAUAAGAAUGUCAUAGUACUUCAUUUGGAGAAAAUUCUGAGUUAUCAAUCAUCUUAUGCCUUUCCACUCAGCCUGACAAUGGCAGCGAAGGCAAGAUCAUUCAAUCAGAUAAACAUCAAUGCAACCAGUUCCUCCAAAUUCAGUUUCAAGCUCCAUCUUCCUCCAAGAAGCACUUCACUUCAUGCCAAGAAAUCCACGCCCAGCCUCGUACGGUGCGCUCCGACGAGCACCAGCACCGUGUUCAAGGACAAGGAUCCCUUCAGCCUCGAGCGAUACAUGGCGUCCAAGGCAAUGACCGUGAAUGAAGCGCUCGACCGCGCUCUGCCGCUUGGCCACCCCGAGCGCCUCUUUGAGUCCAUGCGCUACUCGCUCUUCGCGGGGGGCAAGCGGGUGCGCCCCAUGCUUACGCUUGCUGCGUGCGAGCUAGUGGGCGGCGAUGAGGCCGCUGCCCUGCCGGUGGCCUAUGCCGUCGAGAUGGUCCAUACCAUGUCGCUCAUCCACGACGACCUCCCUUGCAUGGACGACGACCACCUCCGGCGCGGCCGCCCCACAAACCACGUCGUCUUUGGCGUCAGCAUCGCGCUGCUCGCGGGGGACGCGCUCCUGGCGCGUGCGUUCGAGCACGUUGCCCGGGGAUGCACGGAGCAUGGCAUGCCGGCGAACUGCGCACUCCGUGCUGUGGCAGAGCUCGCCAGCGCCGUGGGCACGGACGGGCUCGUGGCAGGGCAGGUCGUGGACCUUGCCAGCGAUGGCACAGACGUCGACCUGGCCACGCUAGAGUACAUCCACGUGCACAAGACGGCACGACUCCUAGAGGCCGCGGCGGUGUGCGGCGCCAUCGUCUCCGGUGGAGCCGAUGAAGAGAUCGAGGGCAUCCGGCGGUACGCGCGUUAUGUCGGCCUGCUAUUCCAGGUAGUGGAUGACGUGCUGGACGUGACGCGCGCGUCCGAGCAGCUGGGGAAGACGGCAGGGAAGGACAUUGCGACCGACAAGGCAACGUACCCGAAGCUGAUGGGCAUGGACGGGACCCUCGCGUACGCGGCACAGCUUGUGGCGAGCGCUGAGGCAGAGCUAGACCGCUUCGACGGUACUUGUACAGAGCCUCUGCGUCACCUCGCGCACUUCAUUGCCUACCGGCAGCACUGAUUGAUCAGUGCAAUCGGCCAAUUAAAAGAUUGACGGUGCUUGAGGAGGUCAGUGAUAGUGCAGUACGAUGGGGCCGCUUCAAUACCCAGUCAGCGCACCGGUUGCGGGGAUGCAGCAGCUUCAGCUCCCGGCCUAUAGCUUUGACCAGCAGAUCUAUAUGUGCGGGAUGUGGCGGUGGCAGCUGAAAGGGAGGGCUCAGUACAAGCUUCCGAACAGUCCAUAGGCAAGAUGGACCUAGAGCUCCUGGAUGGACACGCAGUGAAACAACAUGCAACUCAAGGCGCCAUACGAAGGAUUGAGUAAGCGCACAAGAUGCUGCACCAUUUGUCGGCGGCAGGGACCCAAGAGGAUGACUUGCCCGGAUCGAGGAGAUGUUCCAAAGCAACCUUGGAAACCUGUUCAGUGCAAGAACUGUGGCGUCGAGGGUCACCGGCGAAACAACUGUGCCAAAGCUGCAGAACUAAAACUCCAAGAGGGCUGCUGAAAUUGCAGCUAAGACAAGAUCAGUGCAUCUGAUGAGAAUAAUGCAUGUUGAAAGCUGAACUGUUUUGCUAUGCUGCUUUACUGACUAAUUAGAUCAAGUGAUGAACUGUUAAGAACCAAUUUAUGUUCGUUUGUUGAGGUGUGUUGUUGUGCAGAAUUAUUUUGUAACUAUCAUUUCGGAUGAUACUAGAUUAAAGACCACUGUAUUUUCUCAUUAUCAUGGUGAAAGUGGAGUCUUGCUGUUGCGUGUUCGAUGCA